GCUUCCGUCGCCUACCCCGCCGUCGAGGCCAGCUUCACCAACACCACCUCCACCACCACCCGCUCCCUUGCGGUACGCGAGGCCGCCACCGCCGAGUUCUACAUCGUCGGAAGAGGGAUCGCCUGGCAGACGAGCUUCAACUACCUAAAGGCGAUCGGGCUGCAGAUGAGCUUAAUCCUGUACCAAGGGGUGAUCAUGCAGAGGGUCAUCGUGUACCAAGGGGUGAUCAUGCAGAGGGUCAUCGUGUACCAGCAGGUGAUCAUGCAGAGGGUCGUCGUGUACCAACAGGUGAUCAUGCAGAGGGUCAUCGUGUACCAGCAGGUGAUCAUGCAGAGGGUCGUCGUGUACCAACAGGUGAUCAUGCAGAGGGUCGCCGUGUACCAGCAGGUGAUCAUGCAGAGGGUCACCGUGUACCAACAGGUGAUCAUGCAGAGGGUCGCCGUGUACCAGCAGGUGAUCAUGCAGAGGGUCGCCGUGUACCAUCAGGUGAUCAUGCAGAGGGUCGCCGUGUACCAGCAGGUGAUCAUGCAGAGGGUCGUCGUGUACCAGCAGGUGAUCACGCAGAGGGUCGUCGUGUACCAGCAGGUGAUCGUGCAGAGGGCCGUCGUGUACCAGCAGGUGAUCAUGCAGAGGGUCGUCGUGUACCAGCAGGUGAUCAUGCAGAGGGAGGGUGACCGUGCUCUUCGAGAUCAGCACCGUGCUCGUGAAGACGAGAAGGCCCAGGGGACAGGAGUACCUCAGCGGGAUGAGCCACAGGAUGAUACAGGUCCCACUGCAACAGCACCUACAGCGAUGGAGUUGAUUGGGGUUAUUGCUACGGGGAUGCGACAACUACAGGAGGCUCAAUUACGACAAUUGGAGAAGAAGCCUGACUCACCGGAGGUGGUGAAACCUGGAAUUUCCUCGUUGCCCACGUUGGCGCCCCCUGGACAGGACACUAGCCCUGUCGAUAUCCAGGACUGGUUGGAGGAAGUGGGCAGUGUCAUGACGGACCUCAGCGAUUCAAGUUGGGAUUGGUGGCUACAGACUAAGGAGGUUGCAGAAGAGCACUACAGAAGGUGGAUCAGGUCUACGCCGAUGGAAAAGAUCUCCUUGUCGAUCCCCAAGACCCCCGCCUUGGAGCAAGGUCGCUACGGCGGGGUGAACGCCGGAGCUGCUGGGAUGAUCCUGGCGUCGCUACCUCAGGAGGUGAAGAGCGAGAUGAUCACCAAGAAGGUUACGGGCAGUACACCGAGUUUGAUUUUCAAGCUCCUCACUUCGUACAGACCAGGAGGGGAGAAGGAGAAAACGUUGCUCCUCCAGCAGCUCACCAACCCGGAGACGGCUACUAGCGCGGAGGAGGCAGUGCAAGGACUGAGACGGUGGGGGCGAUGGCAUGCGCAGGCGAAGGACCUGACUGUCACCGUUCCAGAUCCGGUUCUGAUGAUAAAAGGCUUGGCGGCAAUAGUGGUUGGUGUGUUGGGCAAACAUCAAGAUGUUUGGCUACGCACCUCUAUGGUGCGCCAAAAGCUUCAACUGGAUAGCAACCCCACGGAGGAGUCGACCCUGGACUACCACAAGCAUCUACAAGCUGAGAUGGAGCUGCUGUCAACCGCGGCUAACCCGGCCAAGGGAGGUGCAACCGGAGCUUCGGCAAGGGCGGAUUUCAAGUGGGGAUGCGACUCCUUCCUUGUCCUCCACUGGGGUGCCUACGUAUGA